AUGAAAGAAGACUACGAGAUUGAAGAGAAAAAGGAAGCUGCUGCUGAUUUAUUGUUCAACUAUUCCAAGUUUGUGAUGGCAUGUAUCGGGAACCAAGUUCGCCCUUGCGACAUGAGAUUGCAUCUCAUGAAGGAGAUAUCAGGGAUGCCAACUUCUCUGAAGAAAGAGCCUUCUCAGAUGGCAAACUCACCUGAUGCGAUGGGUGAAUCCUCCAGCUCCGGUACUGCGAGGCUUGAUAAAGUCGACAGCUUUCAUGCACAUUAG